AUGCAAAUUUUCGUGAAAACACUCACCGGAAAAACGAUCACUCUUGAAGUUGAAUCUUCAGACACAAUCGAUAACGUUAAAGCUAAAAUCCAAGAUAAAGAAGGUAUCCCACCAGACCAGCAACGUUUAAUCUUUGCGGGUAAGCAACUUGAAGACGGAAGAACCCUAUCCGAUUAUAACAUCCAAAAAGAAUCAACGCUGCACUUGGUUCUUCGUCUUCGUGGUGGUAUGCAGAUAUUCGUGAAAACACUUACCGGUAAAACCAUAACACUUGAAGUUGAAUCCUCCGACACCAUUGAUAACGUAAAGGCGAAAAUUCAAGAUAAGGAAGGAAUCCCCCCAGACCAGCAACGUUUGAUUUUCGCAGGAAAACAAUUGGAAGAUGGUCGAACUCUGAGCGAUUACAAUAUCCAAAAGGAAUCAACAUUGCAUUUGGUCUUGAGGUUACGUGGUGGUGCGAAGGUAAAGAAGUGUAAAUUCGGUGAGUGUAAUGAUAAGGCGGCGAAAAUCGUUGGACAUUGUCGAUAUUGUGAAUUGGAUUUCUGUGCGAGACAUCGCCUGAUCGAAGCACAUGCAUGUGUCAAUCUGACGAGUUGCAAACAAGCAAGUUUCGAAAGAAAUGCCGCCAAACUAAGAAGUGAACAAUGCAUCGCAAGUAAAGUAGUAAUUUAA